UUUUUUAUUAUACUUUAAGUUCCAGGACACAAGUGCAGAACGUGUAGGUUACACAGGUAAAUGUGUGCCAUGGUGGUUUACUGUACCCAUCAACCCAUCAUCUAGGUUUUAAGCCCUGCAUGCAUUAGCUAUUUGUCUUAAUGCUCUCCCUCCCCCCGACCCCCACCCCUAGACAGGCCCUGGUGUGUGAUGUUCCCCUCCCUGUGUCCAUGUGUUCUCACUGUUCAGCUCCCACUUAUGGGUGAGACCACGCACGUUUGGUUUUCUCUUCCUGCGUUAGUUUGCUGAGGAUGCUGGCUUCCAGCUCCAUCCACUUCCCUGCGAAGGACAUGAUCGCGUUCCUUUUCAUGGCUGCACAGUAUUCCAUGGUGUGUAUGUGCCGCAUUUUCUUCAUUCGGUCUGUCACUGAUGGGCAUUUGGGUCAUUUAACUUUAGUUUUCAGCUGUUUGAAAACAUGUAGACCCCAAAGACCUUUUCCUUUUUACAUUUUUAAUACAAAUUAAAGUGCUCAGCCUUGACCCACUGCACCUGCACCCCAUCUCCCACUCACCCUGUCUCCCAGGCACAGGUGCUGCUCGAGUCGCUCCAGGCCCAGCUGCCAGGUGGACAGUCCCAGACUCUCAAAGCCUUUGUUCUGGGACGGGUGCAGUGGCUCACGCCUCUAAUCCCAGCACUUUGGGAGGCUGAGGCAGGUGGAUCACGUGAGGUCAGGAGCUUGAGACCAGCCUGGCCAACGUGGCAAAACCCCGUCUCUACUAAAAAUACAAAAAAAAUUAGCUGGGCGUGGUGGUGGGCGCCUGUAAUUCCAGCUACUCAGGAGGCUGAGGCAGGAGAAUCGCUUGAACCCGGGAGGCGGAGGUUGCAGUGAGCUGAGAUUGCGCCAUGGCACUCCAGCCUGGGCAACAAGAGAGAAACUCCGUCUCAAAAAAAAAAACAGCCUUUGUUCUCAGCCUUGGGCGUGCGGCACAGCCUCUGAAGGAAACCUGGGGCUGGUAAGGGGGACACAGAGACCCUCUGGAAGAAUCCAAAAGAGCAGGCCAGCUCUGACAUCACACACACAGCCUCUGGUGGGUCCCAGGACCUAAGCGGGUGUGGCCAGAGGGCUGAACCCACUCCCUAAAGGUUAAGGGCCAGGACAGCUUCCUCCCAUGACCCAACCAUCUCUAAAGCGGAUACUACUCACUCUGGUCUCCUCUCGGGCAGGAGUGUGGCAAAGCUUUGGUUCUUCCAUUUGGAGGUGCACCUGGACGGGCAGGCGCUGCUGGCCAUGCCUCCUGGCCAGCAGGAACCGGGUGACCGUGAAAGCAUGUCUCACAAUGCUGCUGUCACUCACAGGAUGUACAAAUUCACCAACAGUAUUUCAACCAUUUAAGUCAACAUAAAUAUAGCAUUUGUAUUCAUAUCUGAGACAACAUAAAUGCUACUUAAUGAUAAAGCUGACUUUAGAAGCAGUAGGGUAGAGUCUUGUGUUCGAAUGUUCUUCAUUUUUAAACAAGCACACUAGAAUACACCAACGACGUGGCUAAAGUGGGCAGAAACUGCCACGAGUGCUUAGGGAUCGGCCCCAGGGGAGGCAGCAGCAUCCAUGGUCUUGGGUUCUACAGACCGACGGCAGGGGCGCACAGCACUUGGGAGAGCUCCCAGCCAGCAGGUAGGAGCAAGUAGACGGUGGCCAGCCCAUGCUUUGUGUAAAAGUGAGGGGGCACUCUGCGACUGUGGGGUACACGUUAAGGGGAAACGGCCACAAACCCCUUUGUAUUUCACGUGAGAGUGUGGCCGAUCACACACCCACUGCUUCAAGCGUGUAACCCCCAAGCAGAGUCGGGCAGCCCUGGGACAGUGCUCUGUCCAGACCCUGGGAGGGGGCUCGGUGUCCUCAGCCCCCGGCAGGGUGCUCUCGAGGAAAGGUCCAGGUCACGGGAUAAAAGUUCCCAAAACUCAAAGGCUUACAGGCAUUCUCAGAACAGACACUCAACGCACCACACACCACACUCCACCUCUAGGCCCCGAGGUGACUCUUUCAGAUCAGACUCAGAAAACAGAAAACACAGUGGGGAGUCAGCAGCCAGGUUACCAAGGGUAGGGCAGGGCUGCUUCUGUGACCGGCAGCUGCUCCCCUCAGGAGCAGGCAGUUUCAGCCCUUCAGGGGCUCUGCUUCAGGGAUCCUGUGGCACUGUGGCGAGCCGAGGCCGGCUUCUCGCCGACCCCUCACUCGCUGUCCUGACACCAAGACUGCUCUUUAUUACAGCUCCCGGCCGCCAGAUGACGGAGGCUCUCGCCAGACCCUCAGCACGCAGAGCUGGCUUCUGAUAGAAGUGCUCGGGAAAGAAAGCAAAGCGGGAGGUGCCUCUUUAGAAACCACGAAGUGCACGCGGCGUCGACAGUGAUCACGCCACCUGGACAGCCAGAGUCCGAGGCAUAAGGAGGAAAAUGAGUCUCCUCAAAGAGCGGAAGCCAAAAAAGCCACAUUACAUCCCCAGGCCUCCAGGAAAGCCCUUCAAGUAUAAAUGUUUCCAAUGUCCCUUUACUUGCAAUGAGAAGUCACAUCUUUUUAAUCACAUGAAGUAUGGUCUUUGUAAAAACUCGAUUACUUUAGUAUCAGAGCAGGAUCGAGUUCCCAAGUGCCCUAAAUCUAACUCACUAGACCCCAAGCAAACCAACCAGCCCGAUGCCACGGCGAAGCCAGCCUCUUCCAAGUCUGUCGCAAAUGGACUCUCUACCUUCGACUCGAAGCUUCAGCACAGCUCUGCCAGGGAAGACAUCAAGGAAAACCUGGAGCUGCAAGCCCGGGGAACCCACAGGUGCCUGGGACAGAAGCCAGCCCUCCACGGGGCAUCACCCUGCAAGAGCCCAGCUCCGGAAGCCGCCCUCGGUGCCCAGCCUGCUCUGGAAGGCGCAGCUCGGCCUUCUGCAUUUGUUCCAGUCGGCGAGCACAGACUCAAGGGGCCAGACAACGCCGAGGCGCCCGAGACCCUGGCUUUACACAACCCCACUGCCAAGGCCGCGUCUUUCCACACCAAGUCGGCCUUCCACGCUCCUGGCUACCCCUGGAAAGCCGGCUCACCUUUCCUUCCACCAGAGUUUCCACAUAAAAUCUCAUCUACAAAGGGGCUUGGGGCCAUUUCCCCUUACAUGCACCCCACAAUCCCAGAGUACCCGCCUCACUUUUACACGGAGCACGGGCUGCCCACCAUCUACUCGCCUUACCUGCUGGCUGGGAGCUCGCCCGAGUGUGACGCACCCCUGCUGUCAGUCUACGGAACCCAAGACCCGAGACACUUCCUGCCUCACCCGGGGCCGAUCCCUAAGCACCUGGCUCCAUCUCCAGCCACAUACGAUCACUACAGGUUUUUCCAGCAAUAUCCCUCUAACCUGCCGAUUCCUUACGGAUUUUACAGGCCAGAGUCUGCAUUUUCCUCCUAUGGUCUCAGACUCCCACCUGUCACUGGCCUCACCCGAGAUCAGAGCUCUCACCUGCUUGAAGAAGCCACCCUGGUCUAUCCAGCCUCGAGUCCUUCCAGGUUAAACCCUUUGGACCCCAACAGAAAACACGUCGAGUUCGAAAGUCCAAUUCCUGAGGCUAAAGACUCCUCCAAGGCUGGGCAGAGAGACACGGAAGGGUCCAAAAUGAGCCCCCGUGCAGGGAGCGCAGCCACGGGCUCCCCAGGGAGGCCGAGCCCCACCGACUUCAUGCAGACGAGCCAGACCUGCGAAGGCCUGUACGACCUCUCCAACAAGGCGGCCUCCAGCGCACUGGGAAGACUCUACCCGCCAGAGCAAAGCCUCACAGCCUUCAGGCCUGUUAAGAAAAGCACAGAAUGCCUACCUGCCCAGGCUGCUGAGACCACAGCAGAGUCUCCAAUAAGCCUCAAUGUUGUGAAUGGAGACCCUCCUGCUCCGACCGGAAGCACCUCUCUCGUCUCGGAGGCCGCGCCUUCCAGUCCAGACGACAGCUCCGGGAUGGGCCCCCUCAACCUCUCCAAGAAAUCAGAGAUAAACCUGGCAGCCACCCACGAACCCAUGUACCAAGGCAGCCCCCAGGCGGAAACCGCCAGCUUCUCAGAGCUGCAGGACCUUCCACUCAAUCUCUCGGUGAAGGACCCCUGUAACGCCCAGGCUCCGAGGCCUGCCUUCCCCGGUCGACCACGAGCUGCAGAACCUGCUGCUGCUGUUCCACAGAAGACUGGGACAGAAGGUUCUGAGGAUGGGCCCAGCCACCCUGAGACCAAGCCAGGCAGCCUCGACGGUGACGGGGCCCCACCCACAGGCCCCGGCGAGGAGGCUCCAGACGCACGCGCAGUGGACAGCAGCGAGGAGCAGAAGCAGACGGCAGCCGUGGCCCUGUGCCAGCUGGCGGCCUACAGCCCCAGGAACAUCCGGGUGGGCGAUGGGGAUGCUGCGGCCCCGGAACCUGCCUGCCAGAAAGACACACCCACACUGAGCUCCAUGGAGGGCCAAGAGGCCCAGUGUGACCUCAGACCCAAAGGACAAAAGAGGACAAGUCUAAGGGAUGCUGGAAAAUCCCAGCAAGGAGCUAAGAAGGCGAAGCUGCAGGACACGGCCAGAAUGUUCACACUACGAAGGAGGGCCCGGGUGUCCUAACGCCGGGUUCACACGUGUGUUCACAGAGCUACGGCCACACACACGCCUUCCAAGGUGGCAAGCUACAACACCUCUGAACUGGCACU